ACCCCCACAUCCGUAUCUCCGCCAUCGGCAGCCAGCAUCGGGAUCGCGAUCGCGAUUGCCGAGUUCGAUCCCCCGCAGAACCAAAACCGAAGCUGCCAUCGUGGGAUAUCUUUUACCUCUACUCCCCUUCUUCCUGCUCUACACUCAUAUAUACACAACCUCCCGCAAAGAACCCCUCUCAUCGUCAGCAACCAAGAAAACAUGACACCCAUCCUUAGAACGCAAACCGCCGCAUGGAUCGAGAAUCCGCGCCCGCACGCGCAACUGGAAUUGCGGCAUGAUGUGCCCGUUCCCGAGCCGGGGGGAGGAGAGGUGUUGGUUAAGUUGGAGUGUACUGGUUUCUGCCACUCAGAUCUGCAUUGCAUUUACGGGGAGUUGCCGAUGAGUGUUAAUGUGGUUGGGCAUGAGGGGGUGGGGAGGGUGGUGAAGCUCGGUCCGAAUGCCCCGAGGGACAUGAUGGGGAUGCGGGUUGGUGUCAAAUGGCUCUGGAGUAGUUGCAAGGAUUGUCCGACGUGCAAGGUCCAGUAUCCCAAUUGUCCGAACCAGAGGAACUCAGGAAGGAGUGUGCCCGGGACGUUUCAGCAGUACGUCGUCUCACCCGCCGACUUCGUGUCCCCGAUUCCGGAGAACUUAGCGCCGGAGACUGUUGCGCCGUUGCUGUGUGCUGGUCUCACCAUGUACGGCGCUCUGAACAAGCUAUACAAGUACUGCGACAAGGGCGAUUGGGUAGUGGUCAUGGGUGCCGGCGGAGGACUUGGUCAUCUAGGAAUCCAAAUCGGCAAGGAAAUGGGCUACAGGAUCAUUGCUGUGGAUAGCGAAUCCAAACGAGACAUCUGCAUGCAAUCCGGCGCAGAGGCAUUUGUUGAUUUCAGCGACGCCCCCACAACAAAAAUCCAAUCCCUGACCGACGGCAUCGGCGCCCACGCCGUGAUCGUGGUCGUCGGCCUGGAAAAGGCCUACGAGCAGAGCGUGGGGUUCCUCCGGCCCGUCGGCACCUUGGUUUGCGUGGGCCUGCCCCGGCCGGACUACCACCUUCCCAUCUCGCCGCUGAUGUGCGUGGAUCGCGGAUACCGAAUCGUGGGCAGUGCCGUGGGCACCGAGGACGAGAUGCAGGCGCUGCUGCGGAUGGCGGCGGCGGGGAAGGUGGUCACCCAUGUGACGGUGUUUGAGCUGGAGGAUAUCAACGAGGUGGCGGGCUUGUUGGGGCGGUUUGAGGUGGAGGGGAGGGCGGUGUUGAGAAUUCCUGCUUAGGGGCCGGACUCUAUAUCCUUAUCGUAUGGAUUGGGCUGGAAAAGAUGGGCUGAGAUAGGCUUGCUCUUUCUCUCUCUGGAAGUUGGGGAUCCUUUGGGGAUUAUGA